CGAGCGCAGAAAGUGAGGCACGCGCGCCGCUCGCGCAGCAGCCAGUACACGCUCUCUGCCUCUCUCUCUCUUCCUCUCCCUAUUGCAGGAAUGGCACGAGCCGGCUUUUAAACCUUUUAUUACUUAAUUAAUAGAAAAAUAGUUCGGAAGUAAUGUUUAAGGUUAAUUUCUUUGUGAUCAUGUUCUCGGAGUGACGACUGGAUACGUUUGGAAAUAUUUGUGUUGGAUAUUCCGGCACAGAAACGGAGAAGGAAACGAUGUGGAUAUUCAGACGCCACGACGGAUGACAUCCGGCAGAAAAUGAACACAGAUUAUCAGAAGCAACUUCAAACACCUCAACCAAAGAUCCAAAGUCAUCUUGCCAUCACAGUACGUUCCAACCUCAUGUCAAGACCCUGCCCGUCUUCCCGAGGUCCUAAACCUCCAGUUGCUCCAAAGCCAAAUCUCUCCACUCAGCAAGAAGGUGAACACAGCCAGUACAUUGUUAGCAAUGGAGAUGUCACAUCAGAACUGGAAUUAGCUCAGGACAGUGAAUCAGAAUCCACACAGGAUGAAGCUGACCCACCAGGAGAGUCCCACAAAGAGGAUCCUUCUGAACAGUUAGUGGAGAACCACAACAACCAUUAUGGUAUUACUAAUAAAGAAUCUGAUGAAGUGCUGCAGAUGGGGGAAGAAGUAAGAGCUGAAAUAGAUGCAGAAGAAGAAGAAGAGAGUCACUUUGAUGUAGUUGAUGCAGGUUCAUUGAAUGAGGUCAAAGAUGUUAUUGUAACUACUGCUUCAGCUGCUAUUGACCACAUCAAAGAAGCAGAUGAUACACAACCACAACCAGGCACAGGUGAUCCUGAUGAUACAGCAGAUGAUCCAGCUGAGAAAGAGACCGCCAUGGAGUAUCAAACAGGGGAUGAUUCAGAGGCUAAUAACAGCACACUGAGCCCUUAUGAAGAAAUUGAGGAAUCCACCUCAAAUCCGGGCAAUACAUAUGCAGAGAUAGAUCAUGCCGAGGCGCUGAUGUCAGACACUGCUGAUGAUACAGAGGAGCCAUAUUUCAAUGAGAGAGAGUUCCUCUGUGGAACCCCAAUAGAUACUACUGCUACUAAACUAUGUGAAGAGGGCACAAAUCCAAGUGCAGAGUGCAGUACUAAGAAUAUGCCAAAUGCAGUGGCUGGAUUUGCCUCCCAGGCUAUGAACGGCAGUGAGUCCUCCCUGUGUGAGGAGUACCCGUAUGAUAUAAUCGGACCUCUGGAUGACACCAGUGUGUGGCAGCCAGAACGUGCCACCAAAGAUGAAUCAGGACGUUUCAGAUUCUCAGAGGGGGUAGAUGAUUCAUUUGAGCCAUAUUCAGUCAUAGAGGUGGUGCCUGCGGAUCUCAUGAGCACCUCUGAUCCUGAACUAGAGUGUACAGAUGAAGAAUGUAGUGAAGAGAAAGCAAAGGACCCUGAGACCAAGAUGGGAUCCUCACAAGAGCCUUUUUAUAUCUCAGCUGAUGAUGUAGCAGAAGUAGAAGAAGAACAAGCUCAGGUGGAGGACAAUGUGACUUCAUCUGAAGAACCCUUGGAACAGGAGCUGAGGGAAACAUCAAACACUGAUGCAGUGGAUGAGUAUGCCGACAUUACCGAAGAUUGCCAGGAUGGAGAUGAUCAGCAGUUGGAGUGUGUGUCGUCUGAGGAUUAUGUAGAGAUAGGUGAUGAAGAUGAGCCUUUGGACAUGACACGGAAAAUGAAUAGGAAGAGCACAAAGGAGCGCUCAGCCAUUCGCAGACAAGCUGGCAUGAGCAAGAGAAACAGCUGUCAACCACGUCUUAGACUUUGCGAUAUUACAGUGCCUCCUGGCCUGGACUUGGGCAGGACCCCUGAGCUAACAAACCGGUUAGUGUUUGCCCACACCACAGAGGCAUUCGAGGAGGACAUAGAAGACCUCGACUGCCACAUUGUGCCUUUUUUUGAGGACUCCGAGUCAGAUAGCGAUGAGCACAUUUACGAGGAAGCAGGCUUUGACUCGGAAGGAGAGAACUUUAUCACUAUGGACAGAAAGACCAUUGUGACUCGUUCACGGUCGCUCUCUGGGAAAGUACCCGGAUAUGUACCUGAGACUGUUCCUGAGGAGACAGGCAAUGAGUCUCAGACCCAUGACUACUACACUGUGUCCUUGGACCAAAAUGGGGAUGUCUUAAAGGUCUCUGAAAAUUCGGAGUCUAACCGGAUGAUUCCUUCAUUGAACUCUAGACGUUUUCUGUUCUACCCACGAUCGUACUCUGCGGAGGGCCGAGACAUGACUUUGUCUGCUCAUUUGGAGGGCAGUCAUUCACCCAGAGUGGACAGCAGAGUGAAAAGGACAGAUGACACUCUAUCCUUACCUUGUGUCAUAACCUCUUCUGGUAGUUUCUCUCAAAGAAGCCACCAGUCCUCUAGUGGGGUGUCUACACCCACAUCUCUUGUUGACAUUCCACCACCCUUUGAGCUGGCUUACAUCACCAAGAGGCCUAUCACUAAAAGUUCCCCAUCUCUGCUAAUUCAGCAUGAGUCUAAUGACAAACCAAAAAAGAAGAAGACAUCAUUCAAGCGUUUCCUUGCUUUGAAGUUUAGGAGGAAAGCUGACAGCAAGUCACAUGGUGAUGGCAGCGUACGUUCUUCCAGAUCAUCAUCUGAAUCAAGUCACCAUGGGCCUGUUCGAGUAAUAGAGCUGGAUCGGAGGAGUAAUGGCAGCUCCCCUCAGCUUCAGUCUCGCAUCAUAAAACCACAACGCAACUCAGACUUUCCUGCCACCUUUGUGGUUUACAAAGACGGGCAGAAGAAUAAAGGUGUACCCAAGACUUACGGCAGCAGGGGCAUCUCCAGAGUGGAGUCUUUUGAGGAGCGCUCUCGGCCUCCCUUCAUGCCACUCCCACUCACCAAACCUCGAUCCAUAUCCUUCCCAAGUGCUGAUACUUCCGAUUACGAAAACAUUCCAGCCAUGAACUCAGACUAUGAGAAUAUUCAGAUUCCCCCAGGGAGGCCUACUCGGGCCGUCACCAUCACAGGGUUCUUUGAGGAGCAAAGUCGGACAUCGACUGCAAACGAGAACGACGGUUAUGUUGACAUGAACAGCUUUGCAGGAAUAGAGAACAAAACUAACAUGCAAGAGCAAGAAACAGAGAGUGCGUACACAGAACCUUUCCCAGUGUGUCCUGCCCCUGCCCCAUCGCAGUUCACAGAGGACACAGAAGACCAUGGACGCACGUCUGAGGAGGAGGAAGGUUGUGCUGAUCAGAGCUUCGACAGACAGAUUGAUGGCAGAUCCAGAGCGUACUAUGUAGCCAAAGAGCUGCUGGAUUCGGAGAGAGAGCAUGUGAAGACACUGAAGCUACUUCAAGAGGAUUUCAGGUCAGCGGUGGAGGAGGCGGUAGGAGAAGACGGCGAGCCCGUGGUGGAGAUGGGGAGGUUGGACAAGAUUCUCGGCACCUUGCCUCAGGCCUACCAGCUCCACACGAACAUCCUUACACAGCUGGAUGCGCGUAUACAGCACUGGGAGGAGAGCCCGACGAUGGUGGACGUCUUUUUGGCACAACGUGAGGAAUUUGGGAUUUUCGUGACCUACAUUAGUGGUUAUGACCGCAGCAUGGCUCUGCUGGAGGAGAGCUGCAGACGGAGCAAAGCCUUCGCUGAUGUCGUCAAACGCUUCGAGCAGCAAAAUUCAGAGGGAGUGCAGAUUCCUGUGAAACACCAGCUGAUGCAGAUCAUCGUGCGUGUCCUGCAAUACCGCAUGCUUCUCACAGAUUACUUAAACAACCUCUCCCCCGACUCUAAAGAAUAUGAAGACACACAAGCUGCAUUGGUGAUUGUGUCAGACAUUGCAGACCAGGCCAACGACAAUUUAAAAGAAGGGGAGAACUUGCUGCGUCUGGUCCACAUCGAAUACAGCGUGAAGGGGAAGAGGAGUUUGCUGCAGCCAGGAAGAGUGUUUGUAAAGGAGGGCACGCUCAUGAAGGUCUCCCGUAAGAGCCGACAGCCUCGACAUCUGUUCUUGAUGAACGACAUCAUCCUAUACACCUUCCCUCAGCAGGAUGGCAAAUACAGGAUGAAGAAUACACUUCCUCUCAAUGGGAUGAAGGUUAGUAAGCCGGUCAUCGAUAACGUCCUCAACACACUAAGGAUCGAGGUCAACGAUGUCACCAUCACCCUCUCAGCCAGCUCUGUAGGAGAGAGGGAGGACUGGUUCCACACUCUGAGUCGAGCUAUAGCCGAUCAUGCUGCAGGCCUCAACACAUUCAGCUCCUCCAGCGAGGCGAGAGAGAAGCUGUGGAUGUCUCUGGGAGAAGCUGCACCUGUCCUGGUGCCCAUCUCUCACGCCAUGAUGUGCAUGAACUGUGCGUCAGAUUUCAGUCUCACUUUGCGCAGACACCAGUGCAACGCAUGUGGCAAGGUGGUGUGUCGCUCCUGCUCCAGAAACAGAUACCCGCUGAAGUAUCUGAAGGAUCGCAUGGCUAAAGUCUGCGACCGCUGCUACACCGAGCUCAAGAAACGAGGUGGGAACAUUCCAAUUCCAUGUGGUAGUGCGAGUCCACACACACAGCGUGCCAGUAGACCUCUGUCUGCUGUGUUUCAGAGCCUGCAGCCUCCCAGCCUGUGGAAGAACAGGAAAAGCAUCACUUCACCUCUCGCUCAGGUGUCAGUGGGUGCUGAAGGCUCCACUAUAAGUGGGAGUUUACAGAGACGGAAGAAGAGCAAGCGGAAAUGGAAGAGGCUGUGGUUCCUGCUCAAAGACAAGGUGCUCUACACCUUCACAGCUCGAGAGGAUAAGGUGGCGAGUGAGAGUUUGCCUCUUCAGGGUUUCACAGUGAAGCUGUCUGAUCAAACCGAGGGCGAGGACACAGGCGGCGUCUUUCAGCUCUAUCACAAAAAAACGCUGUACUACACAUUCAGAGCAGAUGAUCAUCACACCGCACGAAGAUGGGUGAAUGCCAUGGAGGAAGCCACAGUAUUAUAGUAUUAACUGAAGCAGAAGAGGAAAGCGUAUGUUAAACCACAUCUCACUCCCACGUGAAGGAUUAUUUGCUCUUCUGGGGUUUUUUUUUCCACUGCUGACUUUUACACGAAGACGUUUCCGCAUACGAUCACUGGAUAUUCCACGAUGGAAAAAAAUAGACAGUGUUACUUGACUCACUUUUGUUCACUUUCUCGCUGAAGAAACAGUGAUGAAUUGCCAAAUGUAAAUAAGUGAUAUAAAAUGAAGGAAUGUUUUACUACAGAACAUUUUAUCCGCUUCAUGUUUUUAAAGUUAAGAAAAAUGACAGGUAUAAAUUUUUGGUUGAAUUUUGAUACACAGUGAUAAGGAUCAAUGUGCAUUGUGUGAAAUCUAUUUCCAAUUUCAGCGCAGGAAGAUUUGAUACAAGACUGUAUAUUAGCUGUAUAUUUCAUCAGGAGUUAUUACAUUGUAGACUGUAAUGUAAAUCGAUAGACAGGGCAUGGGGAAAUUGUGCCGUAGUUCUCCGUUCAGCAUCAUCGUUAGUUUUUAAUUUACACAUCCGUUCUGAAUUUCUCGUGUGGUUUACAGGAAUAGGUCAAAAAGGAAAUGCACACAAUUUCAUACUCACAAAUUGUUUGUUGUGCUUCUUUAGUUUUGCACUGGAGCUACGAUGUUAAUGUGGUUAAAUAAUAGAAGUCAGUCUAUCUCAGUUUAUAUUUUUGGACGAAUAUAUCCCCAAAUCAGCACCAUUAAUCUAUAUUAUCUCAAUAUUGAAUAUUUUGUGUAGUAUUUACAAAUUUAAAUAUAAAAUACAAUUAUAUCACUAACUUUUUUGCUGUGUGUCUCCUCCAAACAUUUUGAAGGCGGAGCUUAAUAUAUAUAUAUAUAUAAUAAUAUAUAUAAUUUUUUAAGAGGGAGCAGAUUGACACCAAUAUGGCUUCAUUAUCAUUUUUGGGAGGCGGGGCGUAGGGAGCAAACUGACACCAAUAUGUCCUCAUUACAGUUCUUGGGAGGCCGGGUUUAGGGAGCAAACUGACACCAAUUUGUCCUUAUUAUAAUUUUUGGGAGGUGGGAAUUAGGGAGCAGACUGACACCAAUAUGUCUUCAUUAUCAGUUUUUGGAGGUGGGGCUUAGGGAGCAGACUGACACCAAUAUGUCUUCUUUAUCAUUUUUGGGAGGCGUGGCUCAGGGAGCAGACUGACAUCAAUAUGUCUUCAUUAUCAUUUUUGGGAGGCGGGGCUUAGGGAGCAAACUGGUACCAGUAUGUCUUCAUUAUCAUUUUUGGGAGGUGGGGCUUAGGGAGCAAACUGGCACCAGCAUGUCUUCAUUAUCAUUUUUGGGAAGCGUGGCUUAGGGAGCAGACUGACAUCAAUAUGUCUUCAUUAUUAUUUUUGGGAGGCGGGACUUAGGGAACAAACUAACACCAAUAUGUCCUCAUUACAGUUCUUCAGAGGUGGGGCUUAGGGAGCAAACUGACACCAACAUGUCCACAUUAUAAUUUUUGGGCGGUGGGGCUUAGGGAGCAGCCUGACACCAAUAUGUCUUCAUUAUCAUUUUUGGGAGGCGGGACUUAGGCAACAGACUGACACCAAUAUGUCCUCAAUAUCGUGUUUAGGAGACAGACACUAAUAUGUCCUUAUCACUAUUUUUUGAAGGCGGGGCUUAGGGAGCAGACUGACACCAAUAUGUCUUCAUUAUCAGUUUUGGGAGGCGGGACUUAGGCAACAGACUGACACCAAUAUGUCCUCAUUAUCGUGUUUAGGAGACAGACACUAAUAUGUCCUUAUCACUAUUUUUUGAAGGCGGGGCUUAGGGAGCAGACUGACACCAAUAUGUCUUCAUUAUCAGUUUUGGGAGGCGGGACAUAGGCAACAGACUGACACCAAUAUGUCCUCAUUAUCGUGUUUAGGAGACAGACACUAAUAUGUCCUUAUUACUAUUUUUUGAAGGCGGGGCUUAGGGAGCAGACUGACACCAAUAUGUCUUCAUUAUCAGUUUUGGGAGGCGGGUCUUAGGAAGCAAAUUCACAUCAGCUAUCAGUUAAUUUUUUUUUUUUUUUGCAAAGGUCAAUUGACACACAUUUAGCUACAUCUUGAUUUUGUUGUUGUUGUUGUUUAGAUUACAGACAGACUUCCUUUAAGUCUCAGGUUGAUCUGAGAUGGAGCUCCAUUUCUGAACUAAAGAAGCGAACAUGACACUCUAUACACAUCAUUUGGAAAAAUGUGUAAAAAAAAAAAAAAAGUGACGAUGAUUGAUGAUGAUGCUGAGUCUUUCCUACUACAUGAUCAAGUUUACUUCAUUACAUUGCUAAACUUUAGUGCACCACAGUAUCAGAGGUCAACUAUACCAAUGUGGGGUUUUUUUUCAUCCUCUUGUUAUCUUCUCUACAUUUCUAUAGAAUUCUACAGUCAGUCUGAAAAAGCUGAGCCUGCACCAGAUGUUCAGUUCUCUUUACACAGGCUGACUAUUAAUAUCAUCACGAGGUUGAUUUCUUGCUGUUAUUUACAUGACCACUGUGGUUAUGCGCAAGUUUGAAUGUUCUUCCACUCGCAGGUUUUGCAUUGUUUCUAUACACAGUAACCAGACUUCAGCAACGGCAUCAUGAACCACAUUCAAAUCACUGAUGGUAAAUUUGUCCACAGGAGAUUACAGGCUCUCUGUGACAAAUGUCUCCACACCAGAGACGUGAAAGACGUAUGAUCGAGCUCUGUCUUUCUACAGAUGAAUAUUUCUUGUUUAUUUACUAAUCCCUGCAAUCAGAUUUUGAAUAUAUAAGCUUGUACAAGGCCGAGAUUGGAGAACACUGGUGAUAUGUUUCUUUAAAUAUCUGUUGCUGCACUGAUUUGUAUUUUAUUUUCUUCACAGUAUUGAAUUAAGUAAGGUUUAUUCUGCUGUACGUGUUGACGAUACACUGAUGUGUUGCAAAUGUUACUGUAAGCUUCCUCUAGGUGCUUCACACCGACUGAGCCUUUACACUGCACCCUAUAACGAAGCCAGCUCCUCUUUUCUUUUCUUCUCUCCUUUCUUUGUUUCAAAGGCAACGUUUUUUUUUUAUGAUACAUUACUGAACUUUGUAUCAGAUCUAGACAUGCACAUUAUCUCAUUUUUCGAGGUUACAGUCACACACUGUUUUACGUUACGAUUAUAUACACGACAAAACCACAGAUCCUAGUAAAGUAAUGUAAAUGAAAUGUACAUAA